UCAACAUGUCAGGAACUCUAACAUGCUCUGUGUCCGAUCUCUCCGCCAUGCUCGGUCCGAACGCCACCGCGGCGGCUGAAUACAUAUGCGGGCAGUUAGGGACCGUUGACAACAAGUUCACCGAUGCAGCCUACGCCGUAGACAACACCUAUCUUCUCUUCUCUUCUUACCUCGUUUUUUCCAUGCAGAUAGGCUUCGCGAUGCUCUGUGCUGGCUCCGUUCGAGCCAAGAAUACAAUGAACAUCAUGCUCACCAAUGUCCUUGACGCUGCAGCCGGAGGACUCUUUUACUAUCUUUUUGGUUACGCCUUUGCCUUUGGUGGAUCUUCUGAAGGUUUCAUCGGAAGACACAACUUUGCUCUUAGAGACUUCCCGACUCUCACAUCUGACUACUCUUUCUUCCUCUACCAAUGGUCAUUCGCAAUUGCAGCUGCUGGAAUAACCAGCGGCUCUAUCGCGGAGAGGACUCAAUUUGUGGCUUACUUGAUCUACUCUUCUUUCUUAACCGGAUUCGUUUAUCCUAUUGUCUCUCACUGGUUUUGGUCCCCAUACGGAUGGGCUAGUCCUUUCCGUUCAGCACAAGACCGUUUGUUUAACACAGGAGCCAUAGACUUCGCUGGCUCUGGUGUUGUUCACAUGGUAGGUGGCAUAGCAGGACUAUGGGGUGCUCUCAUCGAAGGUCCUCGACGUGGCCGGUUUGAGAAAAGUGGUCGCGCUAUUUCACUACGUGGCCACUCUGCCUCCCUUGUCGUCUUAGGAACGUUCCUUCUUUGGUUUGGUUGGUACGGUUUCAACCCCGGUUCCUUCACCAAGAUCCUGGUUCCGUAUGAAACCGGUUCGAGCCAUGGCCAAUGGAGCGGAAUAGGUCGGACAGCAGUUACAACCACACUUGCUGGAUCCACCGCGGCUCUAACCACACUCUUCGGAAAACGUCUUCUCUCUGGCCACUGGAAUGUGACAGACGUAUGUAACGGGCUACUCGGUGGGUUCGCCGCCAUAACCGGGGGUUGCUCUGUGGUAGAGCCCUGGGCUGCGAUCGUAUGUGGCUUCGUGGCUGCUCUCGUUCUUAUAGGAUGUAACAAGCUGGCAGAGAUAGUACAAUACGAUGAUCCCCUCGAGGCGGCGCAAUUACACGGAGGAUGCGGCGCGUGGGGGUUGAUAUUUGUAGGACUUUUUGCAAAGGAGAAGUAUCUAAACGAGGUUUACGGCGCAACACCGGGCAGGCCAUAUGGACGGUUAAUGGGCGGAGGAGGUAAGCUGCUGGGAGCACAAUUAGUUCAAAUACUUGUGGUGGCAGGAUGGGUUAGUGCUACCAUGGGAACACUCUUCUUCAUGCUCAAAAAGCUAGGUCUGCUUCGGAUAUCAGAGAAGGAUGAGAUGGCCGGUAUGGAUAUGACACGUCACGGUGGUUUUGCUUAUAUGUACUAUGAUAAUGAUGAUGAGUCUCACAGAGCCAUUCAGAUCUAAAGAGUUGACCCUGGACCUCCUUUCCCUCAUUCGGUCACUCCUCCUCGGGUUUAAUUUUCAAGCUUCUUGUAAUUUUAUUAACUGUUAAGUAUUGUUGGGCUAUGGUUUUCGAAAUAUAAACUUUUU